AUGCUUAGGCGGCCGCGUAGGGCCCUGUGCAGCUCUCGCCUCGCCUUGCCGCCCGCCCGCUCCGGCUACUUCCGCCGCUGGCUCCGGCUACUUCCGGCCCCCGCCGGCACUCCCCGCCCCGAGCCCGGCUCCGAAGCCAGUCGGCUAUUCUCGGCCGUAGACCGAGGAGUCUGCAGGCGGCGGCGGCGGCGGCGGCGGCGGCGGCGGCUGCCCUCGAAAUCACCCAAUGCGAGAAUUUUGCAGGCCGCCCAAGUUUCGCUCAAACCGUCUCAGCCUCUGGCUUCCUCUGAAGGUUCGCCCCACCCCUCACUGGCCCUGUCCAAGCAGUCGGUCUCUUCCAACAAUCCUAACCGUCCAGACCUUCGGCUCUUUCCGAAGGUUUCCAGCGCUCGCUCACGGCCCCUCAAGAGAUUAAGCCCGAUUCUAAUCUUCGGCUCUUUCCGGAGGCUCCACGGGGUCACUCCGCCCCUUCCGGAGACUUUCGUUCCCUUCCGCCACCGCUUCGGGAAGGCCUCAAGCACAAGGGAAAACUUCGGCUUUUUCCGCCGUUGCUUCGGCUCCUUUCGGCUCCCAGAACCAAAGAGGGAGGGAGUACAGAUGAGAGGUGGGUCAGGGAGCUACAGGAGAGGGGCGGGGUCUCACUCCCGGCGCCUGGCUCUCUCGGUGAGGAGAACGGAAGAAAGGCCGACCUCGCGGAAGGCCAGAGAAGGUGUGCGGGACAAUAGCAGCCAGUGGGGGCAAAGGGUGCUCGAGGCCUCUGCGGAGGGUUUUUUUAAGCGCGGCUUGGGGCGCCUGCGCAAGACGAUUAAGGAGGCGGCGAGAGGAGUUUCUGCGCCUGCGUAGCGGUCCGUCUGAGGCUCGUUUUCUCAGCGCCCGGGAGGAUCCGCCGGUCUAAAUCCACAUUGCGCAUGCGCGGGGCUCCCCCCCACACCCCCUCCUGUAGGUACUAACUCCGGGACCGUUAAACUAGACUGCGCUCUCCCGGUUGCCUUGGCGAUCGCGUUAACUUUCCCACCCCCGCUCCUACCUACCGCGCAAGCGCAGGACGUGCCCCCUCCGGGACCGCAGUCUCCGACCCCUGGCCGGCGGGCAGAAAUGAGUCCAGGCAGCGCCCCCUGGCACCUCCCCUAGGCAGGCUCUGCUGAAGGUCAUGGGCUCGGUGCCCCAGUCGGCUUCCUUCCUAGUUCCUCUGGGAAGAAGUGGCUGCUCCCCUUCCCCGCUUCUGCCUCCUGGGGAUAAUUACACCCUGUCCUCCCCAACCUCUCUAGAGGCUGCAGCCUGAGCGCCCCCGUCCCGGUCUCCGUGGCGACGGCCUCCCCCUCCCGCCCGGCCCCUUUCUAGGAAGACCUGGGCCCCAAUUUAUUGAAAAUGUUCAUGUCUCUUUAAUUUAAAUUCUCUGGAUAAUG